GGUGGUGACUGUCGUCCUGGUGGCGGUGAGUGUGGUGUGGCUGCCCAUCCUGCAGAGCUCCAACAGUGGCCAACUCUUCAUCUACAUCCAGUCGGUCACCAGCUACCUGGCCCCUCCCGUCACCGCCGUCUUCCUCCUGGCCGUGUUUUGGAAGAGAGCCAAUGAGCAGGGGGCCUUUUGGGGCCUGAUGGUGGGGCUGGCCGUGGGGCUGAGCCGGAUGGUCUUGGAGUUUGCCUACCCCGUCCCCCGCUGCGGCCUCCCGGACCAUCGGCCUUCGCUGAUGAGGGACCUGCAUUACCUCCACCUGGCUCCCCUGCUGUGUCUCCUGACUGCAGUCAUCGUGGUGGGCACCAGCUACCUGACGCCACCACCGACUGAAGCCCAG